AAUCAAACGUUCUUCGGGUCACGCAAGACGGCACAGCUCAGCUGCGGCCACUUCCUUCAUUCAUGCAAGCAGUGAGUGCGAGGAGCUAUGAGCUGAAAUUCAUACUGGCUGGCCGGCGCGGCCGGUAAUGGCCUGCCAAACAGCUGGCAACGUCCUUUGCAGUCGCUCGCGCUUGCCUGCGAACUGUACUUCAGCUCGAGUGGAACCUACCUCUUACGACGAUUAGCCGGUCAGUUUUCCAUCUCACAACGUCGCACAAACCAAAUACGUUUGGUGUUUCGCUGCACAUUGAACAGCGUAAAGCUCCUAAUUUUCCCUUCUAGAAGAUUACAUGAUAUAUCAUUGGUGAUACCUGUUCCGCACUCAAUCAUGUUUGAGGUGGUGUCUGAUGCGAAACGGGUUCGCCGUGAGGAUCUAUACGAUUCGGCAUCCGAAGAUGAUAUCAGUCAAGACGAACAGGCCGAAGCAGACCUGCGAGCGCAAUUAAACGCGCAGUUGGUGGGCUUGAUGGAUUUUGACUUUUCACCAUCUGAAGAAAUCGCACCUGCAGAGACUGAGGCUCCCGCAGAAGAUACAGAAGGCAAGAGGGCAUAUGCUGAAGAGCCUGAAACGAUAUUUGAAUUUCGUCUCUUUCGUAACCAGGAACCUGGUCAGACCGUGCUGCUCAAGCGUCGAAAUGUGCCAGGCGAAGACGGCGCAGACGGCGGGUUUGUCGUUCCCAGGCGACCGCAAUCAUACUACAUCUCCGACGGACCGGAUGACGAGGCCGCGAGGAGGUUCAGGGUGACCUCUGUGAGUGCGGACUACAUUUUGCAGGACGCCAAGCGGAGGCGAUGGGGGCUGGAGAAGCCGUGGAGGGUCACGAGCAUCACUCUCAAGGAUGAUCGUAGCCAAAGGCCCAUUUCAAAAUCCAAGAACGGCGAUGACGGGGCAACGGAUGAGAAGAGGAAGAGGCCGGGAAAGAAACGGAGGAUAAUUCUGCGGACUCGCGAGAAGGAAUGGAAGGAGAAAGAGGAAGCUGUCAAGCUGAAAUUAGCGGUCAAGGAGGAGCACUUGAAGGAUAAGAAGAAGAGGCUGAAUCGGCAGAAGAAACUCAAGCGCAGAGCGAAGGAAAGGGAGAAGAAGCUGGCCAGAGGUGAGGCGGUGUCGGAGGCAGGUAGCAGUCGGGAAACCACCCCUGCGUGGAGACGAAGAGAGACUGAGUUAAAGUGAGAACCCUUCGAAAUUUAACGGUGGCUCCUUUGUAAUACUCAUGCCUUGGGCCAAUGAAGUGUGUCUGUCCAUGAAUGCUUGAGAUGACUAGACAAUCUAAAUAGAAAAACACCCCCCGGCUAGCUGGCACCUUCCUUGCUUUACAC